AUGAAUGUUCUUCGGUCUAUGUUCGGCGUGUGCAGUAGCUCUGCCGAAAAAGGAGAAGUACAUGACACCAUCAGAAAAGUGUUCGGUAGUGAGAUGGUGAUGAAAGAUAAUGCAGAUCGAUUAAACCAAAGGAGUAAAUACGUCAGCUAUAUUAGUGAAAACCUGCCCAAGGUGCUGGACACCAAAGUGUUAAACUACAAAGUCAAAUCCUCCAAAAAACACCUUCCUGCACCGGAGGUAAUAACCGAAACAGCAGAUAAACGACCUGGAAGAAUCGGACCGAAAAUUGUGGUGUUCGACGCCUCUACUGGUACUGGCCGUCUGGUCUUAGUAGGAGAUGAAAGAGUGAGUGUUCAAGGUCUCUCAAGCUUUGCCACCAUCAGAGGAACAGCCUGUGUGUUUGCUGGCAAAUGGAUGUACGAAGUUCAACUUGGCACUAAGGGGAUCAUGCAAGUCGGCUGGUGUACAGCUCCGUGCGUAUUUUCGAUGGACACUGGAGUGGGGGACACAGCUCACUCCUACGCCUAUGAUGGCGGCAGAGUACGAAAAUGGAAUGUUGCUACAUCACCUUAUGGCCAGGCUUGGUUACCUGGUGACGUCAUUGGCACAUGCAUCGACCUGGAUAAGGGGACGCUGGAAUUUUUCAGGAAUGGCUUGUCUCUGGGCGUAGCUUUUGACAAUGUAACACACGGAGCUGGUCUAGCAUAUUUCCCAGCUGUGUCACUAGCUAUGCAAGAACACCUAUAUGCUAACUUCGGACAUGUCCCGUUUGUUUUCCCUGUAGACAACUUCAUGCCACUGCAGGCUGCACCAACUCGUGAAUGCACCCGCGCAAUGCUCCUCUUCAAGUCUCUUGACGCGUUGUUGGAUGAGCUGGCUAGACCUUCAGAAUUAAAGACUACGUUGACUGCAAAGAGUAGCAAGGCGAAAUCAGAUACAUCAAAAGGAAUGGAAGAGGAGGUUGCGUUGCGGAUUCACAGCACGGAUUCUGUCUACAGUCCUCGAUCCUCUCCGCACGCUGACAUUGACAUACAGAAUGCAGAAAAUAAAAAGAUGUCUAGAAAAGCUUUCCUGAUGUCUCUGGCUCGACUAGUAGUGGUGGAAUUGGGAGGAGUUCUCCGACUCUCUUACGUUGUGGUCUCUGAACUACUACCUCGUAUGCGAGGUCAGCUCGGCCUUAAAUCCAGAAGCUUAAACCCUGACCAACAUGCAGUAGAAUUCUACACUAAAGUUAAAGAUGAGAAUUUUGUUGAUCUCGCCUCUAAGCUUCUUGCUCAGCCCCAACCUCGUCUUUGUACUAUGCUGGACUUGUUGUGGACGUUUCUGGACGAAUCAGCCCUCUGUGAUAUCCUUGAACACUGCAUCGUUAGGGAGUGCUUACUCUACGAUUUGGUGACACAGGAUAUUCACUUCUACCAGCAAAUGGACGGUGUGUAUGUACUGUGCGGACUGAUGCAGCACAGAGAAACAAGACAUCAUCUUGUCAAAUACGUCUUCUUCAAUAAAAUCACGUUAGCUCUUUUCAUGUUCGACAAUUUCUUAAACGUGAAAUGUCCAGAUGACAGUGUCCUACGAACAGUAAUCCGGAAACCUUGGUGGCAGAGACCAACGUCUGUUCAAGGGGAGACUGACCCUAGAAUAGCAGACAAAAUAUCUAAACUGCUACCUCCAUAUCCAAAUGACACGAUGAUAGAAGCCCAGUAUAGAGAAGACUGCGAAAGAAUAUCGAAAGCAGUUGCACCCCUGGAACAAGUUCAGCUGGAAUUCCUCCUCAUGCUGUUGGACAACACUGACGGCACUAACAUGGUGCCUUCAACCAGAAAAAUCUUUCUCGACAAGUUCCGACGUUACAUCAUGGACAAUUGCAUUCUUGACAUGAGGCUCUUCAACAUCUCCCGGAACUCUCCUGCUAUCUCCUGGUGUUGCCAUUCGCGGUUGCUAACUGCCGUUCUUAAGCUGUGGGGCGAGAAUCCUAUUGGGACCCCACACUUACCUCCUCAUUUGCCAGCCAGGACUUUUAUUGACGGGGAAUUAGACUUCUACAACGUUGACCGUCUCGGAGGUGUUUUACCCUUUCUCGUGCGAACUCUAAGACAAGACCUGAUCAGCGUGUUGGGAGAGGACAACCCGUUUAUACAAAGUUUUGAGCCGAAUUACAACCGCGCUGGUGGCAUCGACACCGGUGUAAGCGAUAUGGCGGCAGGUUCCCCAAACCUGGCGACACUGCCGCAGGUGAUAUCUUCGAUGGCCAGGUUCAUGCACCCAACAAUGCCUCCUAUGCCGAACAGGAGUACAGGCGAAACUGCUUUAGCGUUGAAGGGCACCAGAUCCAUGAUGCCAGGAGCUGGUGCAAUCGACGUCAGAACAGCUUACUUGAGACUGAUGGAUGGUCUGCUAGCUUUGUAUCAUGGAGCUGCUAUCAAGCAUGCAGAGAAGUUGUGUGAACUAAGAGACAACCAGCUGGACAUGGCGGAUUGUUUACACGACAUUGAAUACCGCAUUUAUACCGUCUCCAAUGAGUUGCGAGCAAAAGAAAAUGACGAAUCAAGUGAUGAAGACAAAGUAAAAAUGGAACUCAUGAAAAAAAUGCUAAAGGAACUCGAACGGUCUAAGAGUGUAUAUGAGGAAAAACUAGAAGCGGGAUCCUUACAAAUGGCGUGGGUGAUAGGUGCGAUUUGGACAAAGCAACGGCAGACGGAGCUAGCCAGGCAUUUUGCUGGUACACUGCACUCUCUGAGGUUAUCUUCGGACCCUGAUUAUUCUGCACAUGUUCAGGUGGCCAGUAAAGAAAUCUUGCCUGGAAAGAGUUCCUUAUUAGGAGGAACCAGCUAUGCGUCUCUUCAGCUAGAGUAUACCUCGAGUUCUGAUCAAAGCCCCCAAAGCCCUACUUCGAGAGCAACCACACCACGAACCGGCUCGAAUUUACAGAUUGGUCCGUCAAAUCGUGCUCAAGAAUUUGCAGAGUCCCUCUUCGCGUUCGUGCCUGAGUACCACGUGGACGCCAUGUUGGAGUUGUGCAACACGCUAAGACUCUACAUGCAUCCCACAAUUCCAGUGCAGCAAAUACCAGAGUGGGAAGAACUGGUAGUAUCAUGUGCUGCCUUCCUGUGUGCGGAGUUUGCAGAUCAACGUAUUGUACUGGCCAGCACUCGGGAGUCUCUGGUACAGACACUAGCUUCUUUCGCUACACAGCCGGCUACUAUGAGAGCCAUCGAACGAGUGCCUUUGAAGCAACAGAUGUGUAUGGUAGAGGAGCUCGUGCGCCCAUACCAAAAUCGCGCGUGGGCGCAGUCCAACUGGGUAUUGGUGCGAUUCUGGCACGGAACAGGGUUUGGUUUCCGACACAGACAGUGGCCUCAUCUAGCCGCCAGGUACGGCGACAGAGAACCCACUGUGAAUAACUUAGGAGCCAAAGUAGAUGCCGGACUGAUGAGCCAGUGUUUUGGUCCAUGCCCGUCAGAAGUAAUCCAAAAUAGAAUAAGGGAUUACCUUAUAGCACAUCCCGUACAAGCGGCAGCCUUUCUUAACUCUCUGCUCAGUCAAUUGAACUGGGCCUUCUCAGAAUUUAUCACCAUGAUGCAAGAGAUGGACAGAGUUAACAUAGACUCCCACCUGGAACCACGUCAGAUCAAGUUAUGUGCAACCUGCUUCGACUUGUAUCAUGGACUGGGUAGAGCCCUUGAGAUGACACUACAUCUAGCACCUUUGUUGCUCACCAAACCUGAAGCUUCCGACAAUCAGAAUGAACUGCUGCUAGGAAGAACUUGCCAGAUCCUAAUGGCUGUGGUAUCACGAGUGUGCAUCCGAGGAGGGGGCGGCGCCAGCUUUUCUCGGCUUGUCGCUCGAGGUCUCCCAGACACUGAUCGAGUUCACUAUUAUGUAGCACUGGCACCGGUAGCCGGCUGUAUGAUCAGGAUGUUAAAUCCAAAACUUCCACCUGACCAUUUGGAUAAAGCUACCAAAGCAUUGGUAACUGAACCUUUGUUCAAAAUGGAUGGGCUUGACAUGAUGUUGGGCAAGACGAAAGAUAGAAGCAAUUUUUCAUUCUAUAAAUACCCUGAAGAUGUAACAAUAGAAGAGUUAAAGGCCUUAGAAGUUGUAGCUGACAGGUUGCGGAUGGCGCGCGAUGCUUUAGUGACUUCGAAGUCUCCUGGAUCCAGCGGGACACAAUCUGACCUACUGUGUACUAUAUGCUAUGCUAGACCUGCUGACACUGCUUUUGUACCGUGUGGACAUCAUUCUUGCAGAGCUUGUAUAAUGCAACAUUUACUAAAUAGCAAGCAAUGUUUCUUCUGCAAAGCAGAGAUAGAUUCUGUACGAGAAAUAGAACCCGCCAACAAUUGA